AUGUUCAACUCAUUGCAGGAGACCCUGAAGUCUGCUGCUGUGCCUCUGUCCUUUCAGCAGUACAGGUUCUCGGUUCUGAGGACGCGAGAAGGUGUCACCAGCUCCCGUAUCUCGGAGUUGCUGCUAGCAGACGCCACGGCGCAGGCGAUGCCUUUGAAGGAUCCUAGAAUUGUGGCUGAAGUUGCCAUUGGGAGUGACACGUCUGACGACAAGGCUAGCAUGGAUGACCCGUUGAAAUGCAUGGACGACGACACCUCAACCAGUUUGCUGCUCUCGUCGGGGCAGUAUGUUAUAGUCAAAGUUCGGCCGGGAGUCUUGGUGGGUGGCUUCGGCUUCAAGACGUGCGGUGAAAAGGAGACACGUGGAACUGAUCCAGUAGAUUUCCAGCUUGAAGGCUCAAUGGAUGGGACCGAUUGGUAUAUGUUGAACACGAAGGUGGACUAUGCAACGCCAGAGGAGCGAUCGAUCUUGGUUGGACCCUUCAUCGUCUCCAGGUUGUCGGCCAUGGCCCUGCUCGGCAACCGCACUCUUCCGGAAGCAGCGGUGGCAGCGCCUGCGUCGCCUGCGUCGCCUGCGUCGCCUGCGGCCGCAGCCCCCGUCACCAGCAACUCGAAGCCCUUCGAAGUACCACAGCCGGCGAAUCCGUCUCUGCCUGUACCAGCUCCUAUGGGUACGACUUUGGACGGUGCAGGAGCGGACAUGCCGGAUACGCAAAGCAAGGUGGGCCAGGCGGUCCUGAGAGCCUCGAAAGCGAACGGCUUGGACAAUGCUGCGACUGCAGCAACUGCUGCGGCUGUUUCUGCCGCAAGUGAUGCAUUGGCACCAGCCAGCUCGCAGCCAGAUUCCUUGAGCAAAGUGGCAGAGGCCGCUGCCGCCAUGGGCUUGACCGAUGCUCAGGUUGCCAGUGUUUCCUCUGCUUUCAGAUCGGUCCAUCCCGACCACUGGGACACUAUUCUCAAUGCUUGGACAGCAGCAGCGACUGCUUCUGCCAAAGCAGCUUCAAAAUCCGUUGCGUCGUCACCUGAAGCCAAAGUGGCAGCCGUUGUGGCAGCGACUGGAGAUGCAGGCUUUACUGUUCAACAGCAGGCGGCUGCCGCUGCAGAAAGCGCAGUACCAGCAGCCCUUCAAGGGCUUCAGGGCGCAACGACGGCUUCACCAGCAAGUGUGGUGGGGAAGGCGCUGGCAGGUGCAGACAUCUCGCCUGAAGACAAGGCCGCCGUUGUGGAUGCGGCUUCCGAGGAGACCGUGGAAAACCAGCAAGCAGUGGCAGACGUGCUGUCGGCUGCAGGGAUGUUGCCCACGACAACAGAGCAGCCGGAAACUGUCGACCUCAACGACCCCAACGUGAGGCUGGUCAUGGAUGCAGUGUCGCAGAAGCUGGCGGAUGUGCCCGUGAGCAAAGCACAAAAGGCCCGGAUCGUCAAUGCCGCUGCAGAUGCACUGACGAAAGCCAGCACGACACCAUUCGAUGGCGUUGGAAUGGUGGUCCGAGCCGCGCAGGAAGCUGGCUUGACUGACAGCCAGGUCUUGAAGAUCGCUAAAGAAGCGCCAAAACUUUCUGCAGAUCAGCAAGUGUCUGUGGCAACUGCUCUGGACGCUGCCGGUGAUGGAGUCGUAAAGGUGAUGGGAAAGAAUAUGCCUAAGCCAGCGGAGAAGGUUGCAGCAGUGGUAAAAGCCGAAGCCGCAGCUGGAAUGACUGAUGGCGAGCAAGCGGAUUCUGCUGCAAUUGCAGUUGCAGCAGCCGCUGCGGCAUCCCAGCGUGUGGAAAGCGCAGAAGGAGAAGCUGGCAUCUUCAAAGAAAUUGUUGCUGCUGGCAUCAAAGCUCAGCUCAGUCAGGAGCAGGUGGAGUCGAUUCUGUCGGUCGUGGCUCCGAUGUCUGCGGAAGACCAGGUGGCUGUUAAAGAGCACCUGGAAGCGUUGGAUGUGCCGCCCGCGCAAGUCGUGCCCUUCGAUGCAACGUCCUUGCCACCAGUGCCAUUGGAUGGUUUACCAGAGAGUGCACCAUUCCUUCCACAGACUGAUGUGGGCCGCAUGCCAUCUACUUCCACAGUGCCUGAAGCGAUUGCGCAUCUGAGCGGGUCGGCGGCACAGUUCGUGUUCGGUGUCGUCCCGUCACCGACAAGUUCUCGUACAAGCUACAAGGACCAGACGGGCGUUCCACCCAAGGGUUUCAUGUUCCAGGUGGCCCUCAACAGCCAGGGGGUCACGGAGUUCCUGCGCGGGAAGACUGGCUGGGUGGGUGACCCUCACGAGCUGAGCAUAGCACUUGGGCGAUUUCGUUUUGACUGGCCAAUGACCAGCUGUUCGGAUGAAGAGAGUGGUUUCACAGAUUUCCAGUCUGUCACCUUUUACAAUGCUACCUUUGCCAAUCCUGGUGAUGAGUGUGGCACACUCGUGGCCACUACCGUGGAUGUUGCGGGUGCCGUUCGAUUUCCGCGUGCAGGUGACACGAGCUUGUUCUGGCUUGCUGGCCAGUUUGGGACGAAGUACCCUCUCACAGGCGGCGACCAAGUGAGGUUUUCCCUCCUGGACCUUGUGAUCGUGGCCUUUGCAGCCGGCGAAAAGGUUGAAUACAGCAUAUGCGGAGAUCCAACAUUGGCCUCUUACGUAGGCUGCCCUGAGCAGAGCAUGCUCAAGAUAAAGUAUCCGGAGAACAAUCUUGGACAGGGAGUCAAGAUUUGUUCAGGUCAGGCCCAUUUUCACGAGUACAGGCUCGAAAACUGCUUCACAGUUUAG